AUGUCUUUUGUUUGGGUCCAGCAGUGGGUUCCGCUUCCUAUCGUCUACGAGCAACAGAUGGGCGAUUUACCUCCUGGCUCCCGGCCUCAGGCUUUGGACAACGCGACAACCGGCUUUGCGCGUGAUGGAAACCCUUCCGCAUCUUCACCCUACAAAACCCCAGACAAAGGUGCACCAUUCUACUCCCAGCUAAGCGCCAUUUCUCAAGGCCAACUUCGACCAGACUUUCGCUCUUCAACCCAACCAGGCGCACAGUAUCAGCCCCAAGAGCAUGGCCCAUCCCCAUUGAACAUGGGCUCAAUGUCUGGAGCCUUACCAGAAUACAACUCUUUCGACGAUGGUUCGGGGAAUCCACAAUCCGUACCACGCUCGCUCUCUGGCGCAUCAGCAUCUGCUGUCGCAUACCAACUAGGACAAAACCUUCAGAUGCCGACACAUGCAUCUGGCAAUAUGCCUGUUCACCAUUCUUACGGACCCGGAUAUGCCCCGAACCCAUAUCAGCAAAACUUUAUGCCAUCGCAGGGCCCCCAGCACGGUGGCUACCCUCACUUUGGAGCAAAUCAACCGCGUCUAGCUGGUGCAACAUCGAUGCAAGCGCAAUACCAGAGUUAUCCCCAAGCUUCACAAUACAUGUACUACCCAACGCCAUACGGAGCUCAAGGACAGUUCGUUCCUCAGUUCGCAGCGCAAGCCGCACAGGGGCAUGCAAUGUAUGGGAGAAGACCAAGCUUAUCGAACACAUCUAUUGGUAUGAUGGGACAGCCCACGGAUUUCUCUCACAUUGAAGGUGGGUUUCCUGGCGCUCGCGCGGCCCCAGGAAAUCUACAGGGCGAAGCUAGCUCAUUUGGAUCUUCUUAUGGUCUACCCUUCGCACAGGCUCAAGGUAUGCCACGCUCGGGGCCUGUCAGCUCGAUUCCUCGCGGACCGCCUCGAAAGCCGAAGCAAUCUGGGCACGCUCUUUGGGUCGGAAACCUUCCUCCUGGUACAACUGUCAUCGCGCUCAAGGACCAUUUCUCGCGCGAGGCCACAAAGGACAUUGAGAGCUUAUUUCUAAUCUCCAAGAGCAACUGUGCUUUUGUUAAUUACCGCACAGAAGCUUCUUGCACAGCUGCAAUGCACCGAUUUCACGAUUCUCGCUUCAACGGUGUUCGUUUAGUAUGUCGACUGCGACGUAGUUCAGCUCCAGCAUCUGGAAUCCCCACGGGCCCUUCAGCCAUGGUGGGCAGUCAGCAGCAGAAUAUCUCUCGACCGGCUACACCGAUGCAAGAUAGCGUCACAGAUCCUAUACAAGGUGGCGCCGACUCUCCAAUUCAUAAGAGCAAAGUAGAUAACAGGGCGACAGCGGAUACGUCUAAUAAAUACUUCAUCGUCAAGAGUCUCACUCUACAAGACUUGGAACUCAGCGUGCGAAACGGCAUCUGGGCUACUCAGUCUCACAACGAGGACGUAUUGAACAAAGCUUUCGGGUCGACAGAGAAUGUGUAUCUCAUCUUCUCCGCGAACAAAUCUGGCGAGUACUUUGGCUACGCUCGCAUGGCGUCACCCAUCCUCGAGGAUGGUUCUAAGUUUACAGGCUCGGCACCGAAGACCGAAAAUAUCGUUGACGCUCCAGAUGUACCCAAGUCUAUCCCCACACUAGCAACGGAAUGGGCUCCGCGAGGAAGGAUCAUUGACGAUUCGGCUCGGGGAACAAUCUUCUGGGAGGCAGAAAUAUCAGAGUCAGAAGGCGAGGAUGACAAUACCGAGAAAGAGGAGACCCCUCAAGCUGAUGGAGACACUGAGAUUACUGCUCAGAGCUGGGGCAAGCCGUUCAGAAUUGAAUGGGUGUCCACGAACCGUCUGCCAUUCUAUCGCACGCGCGGGCUGCGCAACCCGUGGAAUGCCAAUCGCGAAGUCAAGAUUGCACGAGACGGUACUGAGCUUGAACCUAGUGUCGGGGAGCGCCUGAUCCAGAUGUUCCACCGUCUGGGACCUUCGACCGCGGGAGCCCCCAUGCUGCCAGGCUCCGCGCUUGGUGGACCUGUCGUACCUCAAAUGCGACCAUUCUAG